AUCUUUUUUUUCCUUCAGGUAAGCCGCAUUUAAGGAAGUUACCUAGUAAUAAAUCCGCAUGCCAUACCGGCAUACCUAGUUCUCUCAAAUAAACACAUCCCUUUUCAGAUGUCUGCAAACCUCAGUCUGAGUCCGUUUACUAUUUGACAACACUUGAUGGGUGAUCUGACAUCUGUUUUGAUCUUAUGAAGUCCAAUGAAGAAACAUGGAUUACAGAAAGACAGUGCAUGUUCCUCAGCUUAGCAACGAAAUGCAGCUGAAUGUCAUGAACUGGGUGAAAUCAGGCAAAAUGAGUAUCGAUGAAGCUCUGAUGCGGGCUAACAAUGACAUGUUAUACAAGCAGAGGAACUUUCAGCCGGAGGAAAAACAGUCACAGUACAACUUCAGUGUCCGCAAGUUCAACCGCUAUAUAUGGCAGAAACGGGUGCUGCAGAUUGAUUUCAGCAUAAGCCUUUUGUGCAGCAUCGAGAAAGGCAUUGUAAAACGGCAGCUCUGUUUUUCUGAGGUGAAAAACUGCCACGAUGCUCCAGGUACCAGGUUCUCCAUUUCGUUUAGAGGUCGGUCUGACUAUGAGCUGGAAGCUGCGUCCCUAGAGGACAAGCAGCAGAUCAUGCAGCUGAUAAAUCAGAUCAUCUACAGUAAUAUAUACAGCCCUCUUGUGAACGGGUCUGUGGAAACCCGUUCUUCACCCUUGCCUCCAACUCCAGACAACCUCAAAGAGGGUCAGAUUUUACUGCAGAGAGGAGGACUGGCAUCAUUCAAAUGGAAGAAAUACGAGGCUCAUCUUCAGACUGGUCAGCUGACCUUGCUCCCCGUCACUCAGCAGUCUGCCGGCGGUGAUGCAGGCUUGUCCGUUUCUUCUGACGAGUUUGUCUGGAGUCUCUCAGACAUUUACGCCAGUGUGGAUGAUGUCAGGUGUGCUGGGGGUGACGGCACAGCUCUUGUCAUCCAUCUUUCAGACGGUAAUGUCAGGGUGGACGUCCCCUGCAACACCGACACCUUCACGCUGCGCAACGACAAGAAUAACUUCGUGUUCCGAAUACCAAAAAGUGACCACAUGACCCCAGAGGCCACAACAAAUGAGCGAGAUGGCUGGGUGAAUGCGAUCAAACAGCUGUGUGUGGACUGGAAACAAAAGUCAGAGCUUGGACACUUCUAUGAAGCCCCUGAGAAAGAUCUCACUGAUGUUACAGAGACGGAUAGUAAGACAAAGAACAGCCACGUGCCGCUCGCUCCUCCACCGGUGCCACCUUCAGUGAGACCACGCCUGCCCAGAACAUUCCCGAAUGUUCCUGUAGCUUCUCCAGCAGCACCAGAGCCAGAAACUGCUUCCCUGGAAGCAUCAGAAGCAGAACCAAAGCCAACCCUAACAGCACAGAGCAGAGCUGUGCACAAGCCUGACCGGACGCCCUCAGCAGUGGAGAUGUGCUCAUCACCGGCUCCGUUUGUUUUGCCCCCGUCGUUGCCUGUCCCAUCAGCAGUGCCAGGUCCUGUCCCUCCUGCCCCCUUACCACCUCCGCUGCCCAUCAAAUCCAAACAGCUUUCAGAGAGGACGAAAGCUUUUCACUGGGACCUGUUGGCUCAGGACAAGAUCGAGAAGUCAAUGUGGUCUCGCAGGAACCCCAGGAAGAUUGAAAUUGACACGACACGCUUGUUUGAGCUGUUUGGAGUGAGAGAGAUAGGCUGCAUCAGCACAUCAGAGUCCAUCAGUACUAUGGAAAUCAUGUUGAAUUCAAAGAUCGCUCACAACUUCAAUAUUUUCCUCAAAAGUUUCCCCGUGCAUCCAAAAGAGCUCAAGGACAAAUUGUUGAUUAUAAAUGAAGAGGAAGGGGGUCUCUCUGACGAGCAUAUUGCCUCUCUGAGGAGAUACGUGCCCACUCCAGAUGACAUAGAGAUGUAUAAAUCACAUAAAGGAGAGCCGAGUGAACUGCAUGUGGUGGACCAGUACAUGAUGGAGAUGUGCAACAUCCCGAACCUCAGCGCCCGUCUGGACCUGCUGCUCACGAUGCGAGAGCUGCCCAUCUGUAUGGAGGACCUCACGCCGCUGAUUAUCCAGAAGAUCCGCAUGUGCCAGCAGCUGUGGGCUUGUGACUCAUUUGUCAGCGUGCUGGAGUACCUUCUGGCCGUGGGCAAUUACCUCAACCAGAACGCAGGCAAGGACAGGGCCAAGGGAUUUCGCCUCUCAUCCUUAACUAAGCUUUCUCAGCUGCGUGGGAACAGUCAGAAUUUCACCUUGCUGCAUGCCCUUGUGGAGCAGAUCAUGUUGCGAGAACCACGUUUGGCCACCUUUUUCCUGGAGCUUGCAGAAUUUGAGACUGUUCCUGGAGCUUCGGUUAAAGGUCUGACAGCAGAGGUGGACGUAGUGAAGAAUGAAUUUCAGAAGAUCGUCCAGUACAUGAAAACAUACAGUAAAAGAAAAAACGAAGUCAAUCAGCACCCCAAAUUCUUCAAAGACUUAAAGACGACCAUUGAGAAGCAUGAGGCUGAUUUCACUGAGCUGAUGAAGAGGUGUGAGGAGAUGAGGAAGCUCUACACUGACAUAUUGAUAAAAUUCGGAGAGCCUUUGGAUCAAGACUCCCAAGAACUUUUCAGAUGGGUUUUCCAGUUUGUGAAUGUCUUCAAGAAAGUGUACUCUGAAUACACCCAAUGAAGGCAAAUUUCCAUUCACAUUUAAUACAGUAGGUGUUCGUAUGUCUGAAUUUGCACCUAGUUUCAUGUCAUAAAAGUGAAUUGGGAAGGCGUUUGGACCGUCUGUAGAAACUCUUAUCUGCAGACUGCGAAUGAUGUUUUCUGGAUCUUCUCCAAUGCUUGUGUUUGGUUUGAUUAAAAGUCUUGGCGAGCUGGAUCGUGUGAUUCUUUGACCUGGUGCUACAACGAACAGCUCUUUUUAUCUGUAGAUGCAUUUAAUUUUAAUGCUUGUCAGUGAUGAAGUCAGAGAUGGCUGUUGUGUAAGAGGCAUUCUGGUUCCAAGUGCGUCUGCUGAAUCGCCGACUCUCUCUGUGUCCUUGAGCACAUGUGUGUUUUCUGGAUGAUACAGAGUCGAGUCCACAGCGGAGGUUCAGCAGAGGACAUCUGCAUUUCACACAUUUCAAAACAGACUCCUCUUCGUUAUUCUUUUGAGGAUUUCAUUCAGUAAAUGAAGAGGACAUAUAAAAGAGGAAGAAACAAAUCUCUUUUUAAGUCUGAUUUGAAUAACACUGGGAUUUACAAGCGUGUGACUUGUAAUCUCUUUGUAAUGAACAUCCAUUGCUUGUCCACCGUUGCAGGGAUGGUUCACCCAAAAAUGAAAAGUCUGUCAUCAUUUACCUUUGUGUCAUGGUUUUCUUUCUUCUGUGAAACAC